CUUUACCGCUCUAAAACCUCCCCUCCCCACUCCCUUUUUAAGCCGCCACCACCUCGCGUAUAUAUCACUUCCGUCGCCUCCGCAUUCUGAAACACUUACCAGUUCGCCGGCGAUCGUUGUCACGUCGACGGAGAUAAAACCUGCUGAAGUCAUUUGAGAAAUGCAGAUGGAUGAGAGCAACGGCAAUGGUGCCCCACAACCUCCGAGAAAGAUGAAGUUCAAGCCAAAAGCGCCUCCUAAAAGAGAGCAAAAGCUACUUUUACCCAAACCUGAAAAGUUUGAAGAUGAUGAAGCUGAUGAUGAUAAGGCAAAAGAACUGAUGAAGAUGUUCAAGGAAACUUCUAACAGACCAAAAUUCAAAACUGAAACCAAGCCCUCAGCACGAGUUUCAUCAUUUAACUUUGGUACCAAAUCUGGAGGUGGAAAUGCUGCAACCUCAAGCAUUGGAGCAAAGGAAUACAAGGAACCAUGGGAUUACUACAAGUACUAUCCUGUUACUCUACCUGUAAGGAUUCCAUACUCAGGAAAUCCAGAGCUUCUGGAUGAACAAGAAUUUAACGAGGAGUCAGAAACCAAUGCAUACAAUGAAUCCUCUGUAAAUCCCGCUGAAGAACUUGGUUUACUGGAGGAAGACUUGGAAAAGAAAUUAAUUUUCUUUCAACUACCAGCAACAAUGCCUAUUCCAAAUCAAUCUGUGAAAACAGAGGGAAAGCCAUUGAAAAAUGCUUCAAAAGCUUGCAGUUUGAAUGAACUUCCCGCAGGCUCUAUGGGCAAAAUGUUGGUGUAUAAAAGUGGUGUUGUGAAACUCAAAUUAGGAGAUCAUCUCUUCAAUGUUUCUGGAGGUUUGGAUUGUUCAUUUGCACAGGAUUUGGUUGUGAUGAACAGUGAAGAGAAAUAUUGUUGCAAUGUUGGAGAACUUAAUAAGCGUGUCAUUAUCACCCCAGAUAUUGAAUCUGUCCUUGACAACAUGGAUAUAUCAUAAAUUUAUUAUUUUUUUUUUUUUUUUUUUACAAAUGG